GGAUUGGUCCUCCAUAUAUUGAGAAACUUUGAGCAACUAUGUAACUUCAUUGUUAAUAUAUGAUUUAAUAGCUAUCCAUUUGUAUUUCAAAGAUACAAUCCAUCAGAUUUGAUUUCCUCAAAUAGUAACAGAUUUAAUCCGUCGUUAAUAUUUAAAUUUCCGUGCGCCAUUCCGUAUUAAUUGAUCUUCGGUCUCACGUGCGUCCUUCUGCAGACGCCGCUCAGCGCAGCUCCACGUUUUCCCUCCGCUGUUUAAACUUCCAUAUCAUCCAGACAAAAUGGGAAAAUUGAACUUUUACCUCCUCUGGUCCCUACGUGACGCUCCCCGACAGUUUAUUAGCAAAUCCAACCGAAGGUGCUUCCAGGUCCACAUCCCGCUGCCUCUUCCCAAACAGCUGCUCAUCUUCGGUUUCGGAGAAUGGUUGGGAAAAGACGCGGCGUUGUCAGCCGCGGUGGUGGUUGGUGUCCAGACACAGAACAUAGGGACUCUGUCCCCGCAGAUAAAGUGCUUGACCUGGGAAGGUGAGUGGAGUGAUGACAUCAUCGCCGAGGCUGCAGAGAGAGGCAGGAGAGGAGUUUAUGGAAAGAUACUGCUGAGGGUCUGUGGAGAGGAUGACCUCAGUGUUCUUAGCAGCACCCCUAUGGCUCAGAGGAAAUGCCUUAUGUCAGGACAUCACAGUACGACUGAGCUCUCCAGCACUUUACCGGAAAUUGCUGAAAAUGAAACGAUAAUCUCAGAGACUUCACAUGUAAGUAACAGUGUUUGCUAUUCUGAGAUCCAAGUGAAUCAAGUUGACACCAGUGAACCUCGCCACCCUGCAGCUUGGCCUACGGAUAAGACACCCAGGCGUAAGGUCAGUAGUCAGAGAGCCUGCCUGACCUGGUGCUCAGAGGAUAUGAACAGUCUCAUAGAGGAUACGGACAAAGCUUCCACCCCCAAGAAAAGGAAACUGUUCAGGAUGCACAUCCCGGAGGAAAUAACUGCACAGAUUAAAAAUGAAAGCAGGGAAGUUUCAGCACGUCCAUCAAAGCGUUGGAGCCACGCCAUGUGUUUGAGUGACCCAGAUACGGCUGUCCUCAUCGGAGGAGAAACAUCGGAUCAGAACUACUGCAAGGACUCCUUGUGGAAGUUUGAGUUGGACAACGAUUUCUGGUUCCCAAUGAACUCUUCUUCUUCUGGACCCAUGCCUCCAUGUGCCAGAGGACACACAGCAACCUUUGACCCAGAAUCUAAGUCAGUCUUUGUGUACGGUGGCCUGAGGGAUGGUCAGCGCUACAGCGAGCUGUACAUCCUUAAUACAGUGACCUGGAAAUGGAGACUUGUCACUGCUAAAGGGGAUGUGCCUAAUUUGUUGUACCAUUCAGCGGUUUUCUACCAGAAGGAGCUUUAUGUCUUCGGAGGAGUUCAGCCAAGCCAUUCACUGCGAGACAAGUUCUGCAGCAACAGUCUCUACAUAUUCAGCCCGGAGUAUGAGCUCUGGUACCAGCCCAUUGUGGAGGGGGACAAGCCUCUUCCUCGCUUUGGGCACUCAGCUACUCUUCUUGAAAAGAAGCUGUUCAUUUUUGGAGGACAGAAGACUGUUGCCUACUUGAAUGAUAUUCAUAUUUUAGAUCUGGGACUGAUGGAGUACACAGCUGUGAAAAAUGUCAACAUGGCACCGCUGCCUCGGGGAUUUCAUGCAGCAGUUCCAGUGUCGGAUAACAGGAUUUUGAUCAGUGGAGGUUGCAGUGCAAUUGGAGCUCUGCAGGAUGUACACGUCUUCAACACAGACACCUGUAUGUGGAGCUCCGUGGCAUGCCCCAUGCUUUGCACCAAGCCCCGUGCAGGACACAGCAUGAUACAUUUACAAACAGAGCAGGAUGAAAACAGAAAUAUCAAGUGCACAGUAGUGGUCUUUGGUGGUUCUGACUGCUCUGGUUCCUUCUAUGACGACACAAUAAAAUGUCCAGUGGAAAUAACUAGAGACAAAUAAUGAUCCAAAAAAAAUUA